AUGGUGGAUGUGGCCCAGGCCUCGGAAAGCUCAGCCGGGGAGGAGGAAGUGAAAGGUCGCUCUUCCUCCAAUCAAGCACAAAGUGAAUCCAAAGGAGCACAAGCGACAAGCGUCAGCUGGAAUGACGACUGGGGGAUCACGACGAGCAAGUGGCAACGGGCCAUCGCUCAGGGAUGCAUGUUCAUCGAGGUGGCAAGAUGCCGCGCCGAAGUGCUUCAUGUCUGCAUGCAGGGCUAUCGGAUCCUUGCUCUCUGCUCGGACAACACAGCACGGGUGGGUCUUUCCUCGCGCUCCUUCUGCUUUGAUCGCCCUCGAGGUUGUGGAUACGACCACCGGCAGCUUGCUGAGUGCCGUCCAUCGACCAGGAAUGUCGUGGUGCGUCGCGUUCAGGUAUGA